UCCGGUUCCGGCAGCACUGGCAUCUCUGGCGAGAUGGAGGAAGAUGCGACCCGAAGCCGGCUGUCGCCUGGAAUGGAGGGUGUACCAGGAGCUGCGGCCUAGAAGUUUCGGCUUGGAGUUCUCCUCAGACUCAGUGGAACCUCCUGGGUCUGAGAAGGUCUUCAGGCACAAUGGAGGACAAGCGCAACAUCCAAAUCAUUGAGUGGGAACAUCUGGACAAGAAGAAGUUCUAUGUGUUUGGUGUGGCAAUGACAAUGAUGAUCCGUGUUAGUGUGUACCCAUUCACCCUCAUUCGCACCCGGCUGCAGGUUCAGAAGGGCAAGAGCCUCUACCAUGGGACCUUUGAUGCCUUCAUCAAGAUCCUUCGUGCAGAUGGCGUGACAGGCCUAUAUCGGGGGUUCCUGGUCAAUACCUUCACACUUAUCUCCGGCCAAUGUUAUGUUACUACCUAUGAGCUCACUCGAAAAUUUGUGUCUGACUAUAGCCAGAGCAACACAGUCAAAUCACUCGUGGCUGGUGGCUCAGCUUCCUUGGUGGCCCAGAGCAUCACCGUGCCCAUUGAUGUAGUCUCCCAGCACCUGAUGAUGCAGCGCAAGGGUGAAAAACUAGGCCGCUUCCAGGUGCGUGGGAACCCAAAGGGACAAGGGGUUAUUGCUUUUGGCCAAACUAAAGACAUCAUCAGGCAGAUCCUGCGGGCUGAUGGGCUUCGAGGCUUCUACCGAGGCUAUGUGGCAUCACUGCUUACCUAUAUCCCAAACAGUGCCGUCUGGUGGCCCUUUUAUCACUUCUAUGCAGAGCAGCUCUCGUACCUGUGUCCUAAGGAGUGCCCUCACAUUGUCUUUCAAGCCGUCUCAGGGCCCAUGGCUGCAGCCACUGCCUCCAUCAUCACCAAUCCCAUGGAUGUCAUCCGAACUCGUGUGCAGGUUGAAGGCAAAAGCUCUAUCAUCUUGACCUUCAGACAGCUGAUGGCCGAAGAGGGGCCUUGGGGCCUCAUGAAAGGUCUUUCAGCACGAAUCAUCUCAGCAACCCCCUCCACCAUCGUCAUUGUUGUGGGCUACGAGAGCCUCAAGAAACUCAGCCUCCGACCCGAGUUGGUGGACUCAAGACACUGGUAGCCAGUGGUGGGCAGAGAAGCCUGCUGUUUCCCACACUAAUCUGGGCCAGGACAGAGCAGGAAAGAUAGUGCCAUCUCUUUAAUGCUUCCACCACAUGCCCAGCCCUGCCCUGGGAUAGGUGGCCUGUCUGGAACAGGGCAGAGCUGUUGGACUGCUCUUGCUAGAAAGGAACCAUGCCUGGCUCACUUGCCCUCACUAUUUUUGUUUUUCCUGCUGAACUGCGCUUCUUCACUCACCCCUGUACUCAAUUGUGGCCUGAAGACCCCACCCCAUCCUUACCCCUACCCUGCAGGCCCAUCUGGUUUCCUUUUCCAUCUCUCCCUGAGGCUCCAGGAAGAGCUGUACAUAGAGAGUUUGUUUCCCACCACUGACUCUUCCUAGUCAGCUUUCAGCCCCCACUAAGCUCUGCUUCAUCAGGUAUACUUGCUUAUUUUAAUUUGGAACUGAGCUGCCCUCUGGACUACUAGUACCACUUUUCCUUGCUUCUUGAGGGCAAGUUGCCUGGCACUUUUGUGCAGGGGAUAGGAGCAGCAAUGUUCCUGGCUCUGCAGAGCCCUCUUCCUUUCUUUGGAGGAAUAACUAGGAUAGGAAGAAAUGUUAAUACUUUGUUUUAUGUGUGCAUUUCAUCUGUGAACCAGGCUACUGUCUUAAUCCUCCUAAACACCAAUCCUGCUGUCAGAGCCCACUCCUUCCAGAUAAGUGGGAAAAUGUGUGUAGCUUCUUCCUCAAUCCCAGUUCUUUAUAUGUUCAGCAUCCCUUCAGUGCUCCACCAGUCCUGGAAACCUUCAGGCAAUAUGAACUAUUGUCUUUCCUAGUCCCAGAUGGCUACCAUGGAAGGCACAGUUCUAAGAUCAAGCUGUAUGAGGUACACUGGACUUUGCACACCACCCUGAAAAGUGAGGUUGAGAGUAUUUGGUUUGGAAAGUGACGAGGAGUUGUAUGUUCCCUACCAUCUCUCCUCAAGCCAGCUGAGCCAGGACCAGGAGAGGGCAGUAGAGGUUCCCAGCCCUAGGCAGCCAUGACAAACAUACAUACCCCAGUCACUCAGACUCAACAGCAACAGAUUGUUGUCUUACAAUGUGAACCUCUGAGAUACCAAAUGUUUGUUUUUCUUCUCUCUGGAUGUGAAGAGUCGUCUCAGUCAUGGUACCUUAUGCUUGCAAGACAAUAAAGAACAGUUUGGGAAGUCACCCAAUCCAGGA